AUGACCGGGCUAUGUCAGAUUCCAGCACCAGCUCUACUCUUCACAAAUGUUGGAGAUCUCUGCAAUUAUCCAGUUCACUGGGAUUUGAACAGCCAAAAUCGGGUCCUAGCACUGACCCACAAACCCAAAUCACAGAUCAAACAACAGAAGAAGCAGAGGCUCUUGGCUUGUGUUGAGCAGAAAGCUGCAGGAAAAGGAGACACUCCAGCUGAAGAGUCACAGGUCCUCCAAGCAGGUGUGAGCACUGUCAGCUUGGUAGAGGACAGAAAAACUCAACUUGCAGUGAUGGUCCACAACGGAGACCCCACAGAACUGGUGGCCGUUUGGCAUGCUCCAUGAAGCAAAAUGGGAGCUCCAUACAGCACCAUCGUAGGAUAGAGCCAGGUGGGAUGACUAGUCCAUGGGAAGACUUGCACUUGUGUGGCCUUCACCCAAGUAAGCAUGGAAGAGAUGGGACCCCUUGUAAAGUUACUGCCACUUAACUGCAUUGUCAGAUAUGAGGGGCCAAGAUUCAUAGCUCAAAUAGCCAAGCUAAAGAAAACAAAGGCUAGAGAAAUGACCACCAAGUUGGAAUAA